AUGUCCAUCCAGGUUCCCAUCGACCUGCUCACAUCGCGCUUCAGCAUGGGGGAGCGCUUCAGCAGCCUGCGCGCCAACACCAUUGGCAACCGCUUUGCCAACCUCAAGCCCCUCUCCGAGUUCCUCGACAUCAAGCGUGUGAACAAGCCCGAGAACUUUGUCGAGAUGCAAUCGCGUGUCAACUACAACCUCGGCCACUUCUCGAGCAACUAUGCCAUCGUCUUCCUGAUGCUCUGCGUCUACGGCCUCCUCACCAAGCCCUUGGUCUUGUUCGACAUCAUCUUUGUCACCGUGGGCAUGUUCAUCAUUGGCAAGCUCGACGGUCAAGAUCUCGAGUUUGGUACCCAGCGCUUCUCGACAAUGCAACUUUAUACCGGCCUUUGGGUCAUUGCGAUCCCAAUCGCCCUGAUUUCCGGCGUCUUCGGCCUCAUGAUGUGGUUGAUUGGCGCCAGUGGUGUGGUCAUUCUUGGCCACGCCGCACUUUUGGACAAGCCUAUCGAUGAGGCUUUUUUCCGGGGAGGUGGUCUAGGUGGUCGGCCACGAGCUCCCAAAUUUUCGCCCCAUGGGGGAAGACCAUCCAGGCGCGAGCGGAGGAAAUAUGAGGCGCGCCAGGGGGACGACAGCUGGUGGGGUGAUGACCGGCGUGUCGAAGAAGUGGAUGAAUCUGAUUCUGGUGUCGGGCUGGCCUCGAGCGCAUUGGUCAGACGGGGUGGAAGCUUUGGUUCGGGCAUGAAUAUCGUUGCUCGGGAGGACGGAGAGGAGACGACGGACGACUCGGAAGACGGGACGGAUGAUGACUAUGACGAUGACAUGCCCAUGCUCAGCCCGCGGGAGGAGGCUCUCGCCGAGGCUGCCAUGGCACGUGUAGCGCGUGCCCAUUCGAGAGGCAAGACGAAUGUGAAGUUGGGCAAGGAGGAGUUGGCUGCCUAUCAGAAGAAGCUGGCGAUCAUCGAGUACCAAAGGACGAGGCCACCACGGAGAGAGCGUGUUGCUGUUCCCAUCACUGCACUUGGACCUGCUGCCCGCAGCGCCAAUCGACUGCCAUCUGACGGCAGCACACCCCCUUCGGCCUCUUCGCCCGAUCCAAACUCGGAAAGAGAACCAGCACAGCCACCAAUGGGCUACUUUCCUCCUUCCUCUUCGCGCUCGUUUCCUCGUUCAGGCUCUAGUGCAUCCAGGACACCUAGCCAGACCAGGGUUGACAGAGACCGGGACUUGUCGCCGUUCACGUAUUCGUACAUUCGCAAGGGCGAUUCCGAGAUUCGACCAAGCUCUCGGCAGCCCUCUGAUUCUUCCGACCAUCCAAGGGUCCCUCAACGCCGCAGCGAGUCUCAGGAUCCUUUCCAGUACAUGACGGACAAGCAGCCAUCGCCUCUUUCAGGAGCCUCAGCCUCGUCGCGGACACUUCAUCUUGAUCCUUUGUCGGGAGCACCCUAUUAUGGAUCUUCAACGGUUGUUCGCCGACGGACCGGCGGUCACGAAGACAGCGCCAGCGGCAGCGAGGACGCCUUUGACCCUGCGCCUCCUGGGCGGGUCAACAGCUCCGGCACCACCCGUCCUGACUCGAGGGGCGAUGACAAGUUGUCUCCUUCGGCCAAGAAGUCAUCUUCUUCCAGUUCGGCUGUGCCUUCUCGCAAGAAGUCGGUUGCUACACGGACCAGCAUCUUGGGUACUGCUAGAAGGAAAGCGAAAUGA